ACGAAAGUACACACAAACUUGGUCAAUGGAAGUCACGUGACCGUGUGUUUCCCACGGUGAUUAUAAGGAUUAUUGUAAACAAAAUUGAAUCUUGGUGUACUGAACGGAACCUUCCCGACACAUGACCUGGGUAGGAUAAAGCUGCCAGUCAAAUAGAUCAGAUGAAAAGAUGUUACAUUGAUGGACAGACUACAACAAACAGACAUGGAUGAAUUGAGACAGCCACCAGUUGAAAGGUUGGAUAGCUGUGCUUCAGGCGCUUUACUAUAUACAGAUGCCUUGGAGGAAAUGCCGGCAGAAAAUGACCUGAUACCCACCCAUGGCGAUCAUGAUGAUGAUGAUGAUGAUGAUGAUGAUGGUAGGGAAGUUUCAGACUAUGACUCCGAUGAUGAUCAUGACUAUCAGUUUGCCACGCAGGAAGCAGUUAUGCACCCAUAUUUGUAUCGAGACAUGGUAAACCUGAUUUUUCUGUACGGUAAAUAUGUGCUGCAGUAUCGAUUGUUGGAUUAUAUUGAUGAAAUCGAAAUACAGUUACGCGUUCCAUUGUCAUUUUUGGAAGAGGUGUUCACUGAUGAUUGGAGAGUGAAAAGAAACGAGCCACUGAUUAUACGACUUCAUUUAUCUCUUUCCCAAUACCUAGAGUCAGAGACUGUACCUAAAGUUGAGGUAUUUCAACUUAUGAAAAAGAAAGGGUUUGUAUUCGAAAGUCGGGUUCGGAAAAUUUUGGAGUCUUUUCUGGCGGAUGAAUGGAAAAACAUACAACAAGAUUAUCUAAAGAGUUUAAAGAGAGAAGGAACAUUAAAGAAAUCAACAACAUUUCCAAAGAGAGCUAAAGUUGAGCAGCCUUUGACCCAGGUUAAUGAUGAAGAUGUUGGGAAAUUAGCUGAGAUGGGUUUCCCAACUGUACUGGCGAGGAAUGCGUUGCUGAUAAGCCAUGGAAGUGUUGAGGAAGCAUCAAACCUGCUGGUAUAUAACACUGAAACUUGUACUGACACUAAUGUGUUGAUAGAACAGCUGUAUAAGAAACAAACUAAAGCAUUGGAAGAUGAAAGCUCUGAAGGCGGGGCAACCAGUGGACAAUCAACCCCUGAGGUAGAUCUAGAUAUGUCAAUUUUAUUUGGAAAAACUGAUAUGGGUUCAGAUUUAGAUCCGUCAAAGAAGAAAGAAGUUCAACAUGGAGAUAAAAAGCCUAAACUGGGGCGGCAACACUCCCAUCCCGCAAUACUGUCCAACUUGAAGAAGUUGCUACCAACAUUAAUGAGAAAAACCUGUAUAAUGCCAGAGUUAGAAAUCGGUCGACAGAUCGAGGACUUAAACUUAAUGCCUUUGACAUUAGACGGUAAAAAUGCCAAGAAUGUACCAAGCAUUUCAGAUGGUCUGCUUGUGCAAGUUUUCCGAUAUGUGCGUCAGCGUAUUCCGACAAUGAAUGAAUACUGUGUUGUAUGUGAUGAACUGAUUACUUUGGAAGGCAGCUCAAUGUUAAAACCAGUUGUGUGCAAUCGGGAGCUCUGUGUGUUUACCUUCGAAGAAUAUGGUAGAAUGGCUGAAGCAGUCGAAGAUAUUUCAACUGGAGCUGAGGUUGUUGAUCUCUGACUAAACAUGACAAAACUAGCGGCAAAGUAAAAUCGCAGAGAAGUAAUCAAUCCAUACCCAACUGUUGUGCAUCCAAAAAACACUGACAUCCUCCUGUUCAUACGGAAAAAUAAGGACUGUAAUGCAGUAGAAAAGGUGGUCAAUGAUAUGCCGUCCAUGCAAGAAAUGGUUGCCAUAACUCCUUUAUAAAGACAGAAACUCAACGAUCGCAACCCUGCAGUGUACCCCCUCAUACAGUGGAUUAUAAAUAGUAACUCUCAGCGAGUUUAAAUCACAACUUAACACGAAACCAAAGAAAUCGCAACUCCUGUAUAAUGUAGGAAACAGUCAACAUCAAGUUAAUCAUACUCGUCUGCGAUUAGGAUGUAGCUCAUUAUUAUGACCUUCACAGAAGAAAUAUUAUUCCUUCUCCCCUUUGUGCUUGUGGUGCUGUUGAAACUGUGUCACAUUAUCUCACUCAGUGUCUUAGAUAUCAAUGAAUGCAUGACCGAUUUAUUCAUGAUUUACCUUGUGCUGCUACUGUAGAAAAUAUUCUUUUAGGUAAUGAUCGCCUAACCCUUGAUGCCAAUUCAAGCUUGUUUUUUAAAGUCCAGAGAUUUAUUGCAGCAUCAAAGCGUUUUGAUGCCUAACAGUCGACCCCAUUGGUGUAUCGAUCGCUUUUCAUCGGGACAGUGUGUGUGACAGAAUAUAUUUGCGUUUUUUGUUUGUUUGUCUUUUUUUUUUAUUAUUUUAUUAUUCCAAAACAUUCAAGUUAAAUGUAAAAAAAUAGUUUGAACUGUUAUUAUAAUAAUAUCUUUCGUCAUACUGUACACAUCAUACACUGACUUUCUAUGCAAUUCGUAACUGUACACUGCUACAUGGAAAGGAAUUAGUAUAAGCCAUUACAUUGCUUGUUUUCCAAUCCAUUUUAUAAUACUAUUGCUGUACUGUUAUUUUUGUAUAUAUGAACUGAAUAAAAUAUG